GCCCUUCCCGAGAUGAGGCUGGUUCACGUAGCCAUGGUGCUGGGGGCGAGCGUGUUUGCCAUCACUGCCAACAACCUCCUCAACUUCAAGCUGAUGAUCCAGCGGAUCACACAGAAGAACGUGCUCAUCUACUUCAACGGCUACGGCUGCUACUGCGGGAAGGGUGGGCGAGGGAAGCCGAGGGACCCCACAGACACGUGUUGCUAUAACCACGAUUGCUGCUACGAAAAUUUACACCACCAGGGUUGCCAUCCAUACAUCGACCACUACAGAUACCUGAUUAUCAACAACAAAGUGCAGUGCAAGUACAAGAACAGAUCGGUGUGUGCCACCUUGGCGUGUGAGUGCGACAAACACGCCAGCUUGUGCUUCAAAAGGGAAGCACCAACUUACAACCGCAAACUGCAACAUUUUCCUGUUGUUAUGUGCAAAGAGAUGACCCCCAAGUGUUUUCCCGGCCCCGAGUUUUGAAGGGGGGCCAGGUGGAUGGCAUUCAGGCCCGCCAGCGUGCCUCCCCCCGCUCCCAGCCCCUGGGCCUUUGCGGGGACUGUAAAUAGAGCCUUGUCUCUGGGUUCUCCCAAACCUCAAUCAAGGAUUUGGCCGGAGAAGUGUAGUGUAAGCGUGUAUA